AUCCGUGUGCAUGCUUUGCAGGCAGACUUUUUAAUUUUAGUUAUUUUAAAGAUGCUAGCAACAUUUUAUGAAGACAAGCAGGAAAGUUAAUGGGUUUAAUAUCUUGCUAUAAUAUUUCAGGAUUUUUUCAUAUUUUUAACAGUCGGUCAGAGGAUGCAAGCUAAGGAUAAUUUACAAGAAUGACCCAGCUAAAUGACCCACUAAAGAUAAAUAUUUUAUUCUUGGUGGUAUACAAUGAAAUAGUAAAGAGGGUUGGCAGAUAAGAAUCAUCUUUGCGGCAGGCACAAGAUGAUGCAUCCAUCAAGGUGCAGAUUAAUACUUUCUAAAUUUUGCUCAAAGUUUUAUAAGGAUGUCGCUUUACUCAGUGUCUCCAUAGUUUUGUUUGCAAUGCAGACAGCUUAUCGAGGAUGUCAUAAACAUUCCUAAAGCUAAAAAUAUUAUUGCUAUAAUUCUUGCCCUAAAUUUGAAGAUUUUAGAAAAGUAGCACAAAGUUAGGGGAUAAAUUACUCUGUUUAUUUUUAGUUCUAUAUAAUAAUUUCUAUAUAUCCAAUUUAAAAAGAGAAUAAACAUAAGUAAAGAUGGUGAUGAUGGAAGGCAUUUUAUAUAAAUGGACCAAUUACCUUAGUGGUUGGCAGCCAAGAUGGUUUGUAUUAGAUUAUGGUGUCUUGGCCUAUUAUCGAUCUCAAGAUGAAAUGAAUUUAGGGAGCCGUGGUUCUGUAAAAUUGUCUUGCUGUGAAAUAUUAAUAAACAAUGCUGAUCCGGUGCGUAUAGACUUGAAGAUUCCUCCUGAAAAUUACAUGUAUCUAAAAGCUUCCACUGCAGCUGAGCGACAGAAAUGGCUUGUUGCCUUAGGAACAGCAAAAGCCUGUCUUGUUGACUCAAAUGCUGAAGAGCAACAACAAAAAAUGAACUCUAUGGUGUACCUUAAAGAUAAAAUGAAGGAGCUUGACUUAUGUCGUGGUAUCAUGCUUGAGCAAAUUCAUCAAAUUAAAUUAAUUGCAGUUAAUGCAGAUGAACACAAGCCUGUGAUAGAAUCAGUGACUUUGCUUUCUGCUACCUGUGAUACUUUUGCAACAAAUUUAAAUGAAAUCAUGGAAAUCAUUGAAGACAAUUUAAGUACAAUGUCAGGUUCUCCAGUGUCAACUCCACGGCUUCAAAAGCCACCUACCCAUCAUCAUUCACAUCGACACAAAAAAAAUCAAUCACCUCCUUCUACUCCUUCAUCUCACACUGGAUCAAUGUCAGACACACAAGACAAACAAAAAGGUUUAUUACAUUCAAGUUCAUCUGAAUAUUCAAAUUCUAAAAACAGUGACAGAGCUUUGCUUUCUCCUGGAACUCCUAAUCAAAACCAACAGCAGAUUUUUGAACUCCAUGGUGUGUCGCCAGACGCAUACAAGGUUAGAAAUCUACCUUUACAAGAAAUAAUUAACGAUCAGAUGCAUGGACCAAUGUCACCAACUAUUGACUCGUCAGUUUCUUCAGUUUCUUCCCUUCUGUCAUCCUCUGAUGGAGGAAAUGUUCCAGUACCACCAUUAAUACUGGAGGAUGAAUUGCCACGGGGCACACCUAAAUCUCCUGAAAAAGUAGAAUUUGUUGGAAAAUCAUUUUUUGGAAAAGCACCAGCAAGAUUUGAAGAUGUGCAACUGAACAGUGAUGGACUUAUACCAACCAGUUCGUUCCUGGCUGCAUGCUCAUCUAUUGUUCCCGUAUUUGAUUCUCUUGGUUCAACCACAUUUGCUCCUGUGAAAAUGGAUAUCCAAGGGAAUAUCCAAAAAAUUAAGUUGAAAUACGAAACUGAUGUUAUGGCAUUUGAGUUUUUACAAAAUAUAGUCUUUCAAGAGUUAAAAAGUAAUGAACACAAUGCAAAAAACUCAGCCACUGAUGCCUUGCUCUGGUUGAAAAGAGCACUGGAGUUCAUUCUGGUUUUCCUGUCGGAGGUUAGCAAAGGCCAACGUGAUUUAGCAAAUGCAGCAGGUAUUGCGUAUGAGAGAUCGUUAAAAAAAUAUCAUGGUUGGAUUGUACGUGGUGUGUUUGCGCUUGCUGUCAAAAGCUGUCCAUAUUACAAGGAUUUCAUAAAAGCAUUGUCCACUACUGGAACAGGUGUUGCUGCUAGCGAAGGUGAAGCAUUAGCUGAAAUGGCUUCGUGUGUUGAGGCCCUUAACAGAAUUGUUUCAAAGCUAAACAGUUACUACCGAAAAAAUAAGUUAGACUCGGAUGCUGUUGUGUAGUUCAAGUUUGAUGUCUUCGAACUGAAUGUAAUAUUGAACAGAAAGACGUUACACUUGGAUGCUGUAGUAUAGUGCAAGUUCGCAGUCUGAAUGUGUUCAACCUGAUAACGCAAUACCUCACAGAUAACACUGCUACCAGAGAUGUUUGCAAGAAACCUAAAUUUUGUAGAUUUCGGAAUGAACGAAAAAAGGCUGUUAAUACUGGAUUCCGAUGGUUUUAUAAACCUUUCGUUUUCUAAGUAGAAAUGGUUGCAACGAGAAGUUUUCAAACAAAAAAUAAUUUAGCAGAACCAAUCAAAAUGCGAUGGUUUUGUAUUUUUAGAUUCAUCCGCCUGUUUUUUUUAGGGUGGAAACUCGUAAGAAUGGAAGAACACUUGAAAAGUUCCAAAUAUUAGUAAAUAAUCCUGGAAAAUCAUUUUUCUGAAUCUAUAUUUUGUUUUUUGGUCGGCAGGUUAUGAGAACUGUUUUUCUGUUUUUGCCGCAAAAUUACUCCUGGAAGAAGGUCUACAAAUUCCUGGAAAAGUCCGGAAAUUUAUUUCUGAGAGAAUUAAUAGCUUCCCUGUUUUUGAGUGAAAAUGUAUAUUAAGGAACCUUCUAAAAGAGGAAAAUGUCUUACAGAUAAUUCGUAUACUUCCUUUUGCCAAGAUUACCGAGGGACGGAAAUUAGAUUUUCUGAAAUUUGGUUGAUGGAUCAGGUUUACAUCCAAAACAAAAGUUGAGACAAGAAAACCAAAAGUCUAAUUCAUUACGACUUGAACCCUUUGUCUCGAUUUCUUGUAAAAAGGGUACAUAAGAAAAUAUUUAUCCUAUUGCAUGCACAUCACAAGGAUUUAUUUUGUCCAAUACUUCCAGUAAAUGCAUCACAUAUAUAUUUAUUGUUAAUAACUUUUUAUGUUGUAUUUAGUAUUAUUUAUUUUACAUAUAGGUCUUUUUAAGAAUUGCUAUAAGUCGCCACAGUCGUCGAAAUAGUCAGCUCGUCCAUAUAUUCGAUGACGUUAAAAAUCCGUUCUCAUUAAACUAAUUUUUCCCAUUUUGAUUGGCUAGUAAAAACUUCAAAGAUUUUAACUUUUCCAACGCAGAAUUUUCGCCGACCAAUGGGGUCCCUCGAUGUUCCCGCUUUGCACGCAAUGUGGGAAAAUGGUGUUAUGUUAAAUUAAAUCAUUUUCGGUUGAUGUAUAAAAUUAUGAUAAUUUAAGAUAAUUUAUGACAAUUUAUGAUGUAUUUGAGUUCUUUUGGAUGUACGGUAUUUUUAUACAUGGGAAUUAAACUUUUAAACUAAA